GAAGAGCCACGUUGAGAGCCAGUGAAUAACACACACGUGUUGAUAACAUGACUGACACGCAUCGGUGAUCACCCAGCUUUCUCCUGGCUUCAUGGCUGCUUUUUUCCUCAAAUCAUCUUGACAUCUUUUUCUGAAGCAGCUCCUCACUGAGAAGUGAAAGCAACUUUAGACAGAAUGAGUGAAGCCAAAAGAAAGAGGCUGUCCUCAGAGUGGCGGCGGGCACGCUCUCGGGCGUCUGCACGCAGCAGGAGAGAGCGGGAGAGUCAGCUGUUCAGGGAGUUGGCCGGUGCCCUUCCCUCAGCGCCCGGUCCAGCUGGCCACAUGGACAAGGCCUCCCUCAUCAGGCUUACGCUCACCUACCUGCGUCUGCGAGAAAUCCUGGAUGACUUGGGCCACAUGCAGAGCAGUGCUGACGGCAAGCCACAUGCAGUCUGUCCUGGGACUCCAGGUGCAAGACCCUCACAGACAAAUCAGUGCGGAUGCAACAGUGGUACAACACCCUGUGAUGAGAAGGUCUUGGAUUCAGCUCUUGGUGGUUUCAUGCUCCUUGUGUCCCACAGCGGCCAAGUCAUUUAUGCAACAGGGGCUGUCACCGCACACACCGGCAUCAACCAGAUGGAUCUGAUAGGCCAGAGCCUGUUUCAGUUCAUGCACCCAAGUGACCUGAGAGAGAUGAGGGAGAUCCUUUCCAGCAAAACAGACCUGGAGACUCAAAAGCAACGUGACCUUUUCCUCCGGAUGAAGUGUACGUUGACAUGUCAAGGUCGAACAGUCAACCUGAAGUCAGCCUCCUGGAAGGUGCUGCACUGUACAGGGGUACGAAGACCCUCUGUAGCUCUUGGCUCUAGCUGCUUGAUCCUGCUCUGCCAGCCACUGCCCGAUCUGGUGCCCAGCGCUUGGGAUGCCUACCUGAACUGCACAGCCUUCCUGAGCAGACACACCCUUGACAUGAGGUUCUCCUACUGCCAGCCGAGGGUAUCGGAAUUCAUAGGGUACACGGAGACCGAGCUGCUGGGACAGUCUGUGUACCGAUAUUACCAUGCUCUGGACUGCGAGCACAUCCUCAAGACACAUCUCAGCUUGUUCUCCAAGGGGAAGGUGUCCACUGGAAAGUACCGGCUGCUGGUGAAGAAUGGAGGCUUUGUUUGGGUGGAGACAAACGCCACGGUGGUCUACAGCAGUCGUAGUGGGCAGCCCCAGAGCGUCAUUUGUAUCAACUAUAUCUUAAGUGAGGUGGAACAGCCAGAUGUGUUGUUCUCUCUAGAGCAGAAGGAAUAUCUGCUGAAGCCCAUUCCCUGUAGUUCCAUUACUGCUUCGAGCCUUUCGCCCCAAGGAAGUGGUUAUAGGGGGUGCAGUGAGUUUACAGCGGAGGAGUCCGUUCCCAGCCCCGUCCAUGAGACGGGAGACAGGAUGGAGACAGAGCACACUGUCCCCAUUACAGAGACCCUUCUGGAGCUAGACAGAGAGGACAUUCCCGAGGAAGCAGCACAGGAAUUCUCUGAAGAGGAUCUGGACACAUUGGCACCUUACAUUCCCAUGGAUGGAGAAGACUUCCUUCUCAGCCCCAUUUCAGAGGAGGUGGACGACAAGGCAGACAUGGGGCAGCAGGGCUGUUACUUGGACUGUUUCGUCUUGCCGUGCUUCGAUGUCCAGAGUUACGCGAAAGCCGACUCCAAUUGCAAUUCUCCAGGCCCCUGUGACUCUCUCCAUGGUCCCCUAUUCCCGAGCAUGUUCUCACAAAUAAGCUCACCCCCAACUUCUCCCGUGGCACCCAUGCCCUUGGACUCUAAAUAUUGGCAACGUGAGAAGUCGCACUACAGUAAGAGGAUCCCGGAUGGGUCUGGUCAAUGGAGAUAUGAGGACUGUUUAUGGAAGAGACAUUGGAACGUGGGACGUUUUCCACACAGCAGAGACAAACAGCAAUGUGGUUGUCCCUCCUGGACUUAUAGACAGCCUGCUGCAUCCCAGUGGAGGAAAAUCAAACCCGACCCUAUCAGCUACACUCAGGUCAAAGAAACAGUCCCCGGCUGGUGGAGUUCUGGUGAGCCCACGAACGGUUACGAGAGACCACUCGGCUUUGUGCCUUGGGCCCCCCAGUACAGCGAUCCCCCCAGCAGCCCACCAGACCGCUCUUCAAUCUACUCUGGCCUCAGCUGCCCUCUCAAAGCAGAGUGGACGGGGUCGGUCCUGCCUGUACUGAGCCCCCUGGAGUGUGAAGUUAACGCCCCUGUCGACCCGGCCUCCUGUCUGCUUCGUGGUCCAGAAAUCAUCUCUGUCCUGGACCAGGCGACCUAUAGGUUCUGCCCCUAAAGAGGCUGCUGCUGCGCCGGUACACCGCAGCGUCCAGCCCCACCGACACAAACAAAGGCUGCGAAGGUGCCGGCAGACUGCAAACACUGGGCUACUUCACCUCUCAAACACUAUGAGAUUCACCUUCAAAACUAUCUCUGUUUACAGUUUUCCCAGACAUGAAAAAGAAAGCAUGCAUAUUAUUUAUUAUGCUAUUUUUAAUAUUUAGUUCCAAUAUACUAUGUUAUUAAUAUUCACUGUCUGCUACGUCCAUGACAUGAAACGGAAACUUUACCCAGCUAUGCCAGUACUGCAGUAAGUACUAGAAAAUAUUGAAUUUGACUGUAGCAGACAAUAGAAAAGAAUAAAAAUCCUGAAUUGAACUCUGACACGUCCUACCUGUAACCACGUCAGUUAUAACACUGAACCUGGACCAGUUUGCAGCUCAUUUGAGGGACAACAGAACGGAAAGUAUAUUACGCUGGAGUGUAAAAGCAGCUGAUAAAUCCCUCUAAAUUAAACUAUGUUAGCGUUUUUAUCUUGAAAUA